AGCGAGCCUGCCCGCCGGCUAGUCUGCAUUCAGCUGUCGCGCUGAAGGCUCUUGCUGCUGCUCUUGCUGCUCCCGUGAGCUGGGGCGGCGGCUGCCUGCGGCCGGACGCACGCAAGCAAAGCUCGGGCUCCCGAGCCAAACUUCGCGGGCGGCCGGAAAGCGGGGCUUCCCUGGGGGGCUGAUUCCUCCCGCUGGGCUGGGGAGUAUGGAGCCAGACCCUCCACCAAGUCCCUCUCACCUCCAGACACAACAUGGCCGGUCCCAGCUCAACGCAGCUGCUGCUUCAGAGCCAAGAGAAGAGGCUAAAGAUCAGAGGCGUGGGCCUCUGUCAGGAGAUAGCCCAUCCUCAUCCUCUUCCGCUGCUCCAGCUGCUAGGUAUCCAACUAGCCAGGAGAAAGUAGAGAAAAAUGAAACCAUGAAAGAAGAGGUAGAAAUAUCCUUCGAAGACCUUCUGGAAAAGGCCAAGGCAGGAGAUCCCAAGGCACAGACAGAGGUGGGGAAACACUACCUUAAAUUAGCCGAUGAUGCAGAUGAAGAGCUCAAUAACUGCAGUGCUGUUGACUGGCUAAUUCUUGCCGCAAAGCAAGGCCGGCGAGAGGCUGUCAAGCUGCUGCGUCGGUGCCUAGCAGACAGAAGAGGCAUCACUUCGGAAAAUGAGCAGGAAGUGAAAAAAUUGUCCUCAGAGACCGAUUUAGAGAGGGCUGUGCGAAAAGCUGCCUUAGUCAUGUAUUGGAAACUCAACCCAAAGAAGAAAAAACAGGUGGCAGUUUCAGAGCUUCUAGAAAAUGUUGGCCAAGUCAAUGAACAAGAUGGUGCAAAGCAGCCUGGCCCCAUUCCAAAAUCGAUCCAGAAACAGAGAAGAAUGCUGGAGCGUUUAGUCAGCAGUGAAUCUAAGAACUACGUUGCCCUGGAUGACUUUGUCGAAAUAACCAAGAAGUAUGCCAAGGGCAUCAUCCCCAGCAGCCUUUUUCUGCAGGACGACGAUGACGAUGAGCUUGCAGGGAAGAGUCCAGAAGACCUCCCCUUGCGCCUGAAGGUUGUGAAAUACCCACUUCAUGCCAUCAUGGAAAUCAAAGAGUAUCUGAUCGACAUGGCUUCUAAGGCAGGCAUGCACUGGCUCUCCACCAUCAUCCCAACCCAUCACAUCAAUGCCCUCAUCUUUUUCUUUGUCAUCAGCAACCUGACAAUUGACUUUUUUGCAUUCUUCAUCCCAUUAGUCAUCUUCUACCUGUCUUUCAUUUCCAUGGUGAUCUGUACCUUGAAGGUUUUUCAAGAUAGUAAGGCCUGGGAAAACUUCCGGACCCUCACUGACUUACUGCUGCGCUUUGAGCCCAACUUAGAUGUCGAGCAAGCCGAGGUGAACUUUGGCUGGAACCACUUAGAGCCCUAUGUCCACUUCCUGUUGUCUGUGUUCUUUGUCAUCUUCUCUUUCCCCAUAGCCAGCAAAGAGUGGAUCCCUUGCUCAGAGCUGGCUGUCAUCUCCAUUUUCUUCACUGUGACGAGUUACAUGAGUUUGAGUACUUCGGCCGAGCCAUACACCAGGAGAGCAUUGGUGGUUGAGGUCGCCGCCGGCGUGCUCUCCUUGUUGCCGAUUUUACCUGUCGAUUCGCAGUACCUGAAACUCCUUGGUGAAACGUUUUUUACUGUGCCCAUCGGCCACUUUAUCAUACUGAAUGUGAGUGUCCCGUGUUUCCUAUUUGCGUAUCUCUUUUACCUCUUCUUUAGGAUGGCUCAGCUGAGGAAUUUCAAAGGCACUUAUUGCUACUUGGUCCCUUACUUGGUGUGUUUCAUGUGGUGCGAGCUCUCUGUUGUCAUUCUUCUCGAGUCCUCCGGUCUAGGUCUUAUCCGAGCAUCCAUUGGCUAUUUUCUCUUCCUCUUUGCCCUCCCAAUUCUGAUUGUUGGCAUUGCCUUGAUGUGUAUCGUCCAGUUCUCUAAAUGGUUUGUCUCCUUGGAGCUCACCAAAAUCGUGGUGACCAUGGUGCUGUGCAGCAUCCCCCUGCUCUUGCGCUGGUGGACAAAAGCCAAUUUCUCCGUGGUCGAGAUGGUGAAGUCCUUAACCAAGAGCUCCAUCGUCAAGCUCAUCCUUGUGUGGAUCACCGCCAUCGUGCUCUUCUGUUGGUUCUACGUCUACCGAUCAGAAGGAAUGAAGGUCUACAACUCCACUCUGACCUGGCAGCAGUAUGGCUUCCUGUGUGGGCCCCGGGCCUGGAAGGAGACCAACAUGGCACGCACACAGAUCUUGUGCAGCCACCUGGAAGGACACAGGGUCACGUGGACGGGGCGGUUCAAAUACGUCAGGGUUACCGAUAUCGAUAACAGCGCUGAGUCUGCCAUAAACAUGCUCCCGUUCUUCAUCGGAGACUGGAUGAGGUGCUUGUAUGGUGAGGCCUACCCCACCUGCCUCCCUGGAAACAUCAGCACAGCAGAGGAAGAGCUCUGUCGGCUCAAAUAUCUUGCCAAGCACGAGUGCCACAUUAAGAAGUUUGAUCGGUACAAAUUUGAAAUAACAGUGGGCAUGCCCUACAGCAACACGGGAAACAAGACCUUUGAGGAGGACGAUAUUACCAAAGAUAUUGUACUGAGGGCCAGCAGCGAGUUCAAAAACAUCUUGCUCAACCUGAGACAGGGCAGCGUCAUUGAGUUUAGCACCAUCCUAGAAGGUCGACUAGGUAGCAAGUGGCCAGUCUUUGAACUGAAGGCUAUCAGCUGUCUCAACUGCAUGGCCCAACUUGCCCCCGCGAAGCGGCAUGUGAAGAUCGAGCAUGACUGGAGAAGCACUGUACAUGGCGCCAUUAAGUUUGCCUUUGAUUUUUUCUUCUCCCCCUUCUUAUCAGCAGCUUGACAGGCUCACAGCCUACCCAAUGGAUGGUGCCAUUGAGUAUAAGUAGAAAGCACCGCUCCUGUUACCUUAAGCUUGGCUUCUUCACCAGGCUGGCUGUAACAUUAUAUUGAAGAAGCGUGUGUUCAUUCAAUGUGUGUUGAUUCUGCACUUGGCAAAAAAAAAAAAAAAUUUAACUUUUUUCUGUUUACGAAUGCAGAUUUAUCAUUGGAAAUUGCAUGCACACAGACUUCUCUAAAGCCCAAAGUUUGCUGUGGCUUAUGUAUGACAUUGGAAUUUAAAAAAAAAAAAAACGCUUGAUAUUAAAAGCACUUUAUAGGUAACACCCCUCCCCUGUUAUAUACCUUUGGAUUUAUUGUUAUUGUUGUUUUAAAAAUAUGAGCAGAAAGUAUCUGGUAUGCAAAGAAAAUUAUGUUGUAUUUAUUCAGUUGACAACACUAGUUCUAAUUGUAUUAUUUGUGGUGACAUAUAGAAUGGACUGAACUUGGGUGGGUUUUGAAUUGAUCUCUGGGUUUAUUCCACAGGCCAGAGUUUUCAGUUACAGUGGGACACAACUGUGGUUGAGAAUAGAUUCCAUGCCAGAUUUUAGUGUACAUACAGUGAAUGGUUUCAGAGCCCUGUAUAAAGUGACUAUUGUGUGUGGGAAUGUGCCAAGUCUAAUCCUUAUUGAUUUGUGAAAUACACCUCGGCGCUGGGCGCUCAGCCCCAAGUAUUCAUUAAAGUUUGGUGAACUUUAAUCUGUAUAGCAGAAAAAGCAGGGGCCGGAAGAGGCUAAAAUAAAAAUAUUUGUGGUCACAUC